GGUGGAGGGGGGGAGAGACUGGCAGAGACCGGAACUGUAUCCCGGGGAGCGGUGAGAGCUGAGCCCGAGCAGCCCCGGGGGUGGUCCGCAUCGCACAUCGUUCCUUACCCUGUGAGGGCAUGAUGCGCUGGUAAAUGUGUCACGCCCUCCUACGCACUUGAAAUGUCUGACGCAUCCAUCUCAGGGAGUGAGCCAGAGUUGGACCCAGAGGACAUGGAGGAGGAAGGUAAUGAUGAGGAUGAUGAUGAAGAUGAGGAUGAUGAGGAGGAAGAAGAGGAGGAGGAGGAAGAAGAAGAUGGUGAUGGUGACGAUGAAGAUGGAAUGGAAGAUGACAAUGACGGUGAUGAUGAGGAUGACACAAAUGAUAAAAAAGAGAAGUCUCAAAGUGCAGCAUUGGGAGCAGACAGCUCUGAGCAAGGUGAAGGUGAAGAAGAUGAAGGCGAAGGAUGGAAGCGCUCAACUACCUCAGGACAGAGUACAAAAGUAUCAACAAAUGAAGAAUCGAAACAGAAGCGGGCACAAAAGCCUUCCCACAUGAGAAGAAACAUCAGGAAGCUGCUCCGGGAGGAUCAGCUAGAAGCUGUGACCAAGACUGCUCAGCAAGAGGAGUUAGAGCGAAGAAAACGUCUGGAGCAGCAGAGGAAAGAUUACCCUCUGCCUAUCAUCCCGACCCUGCCAGCUGUGCCCCUUGACUUUCUGAAUGAGGAAAUUGAGUUGAGACCAGCAGAUGUGUCACAGCUCGUGAGCAGUCAAGAAAUUAUAUGUCUGGAUACAAGUAGCGGUGAUAGUGACGAUGACUCAAAGGAAACUAUGCACGGCCUUAAGGAUGAAAUAAUAGAGCUGAGCUCUGGUGAGGAGGAGUCUUUGCACAUUGUAGAUAGCGGAGAGUCCACCAAUGAUGCUGAUGAAGAUCUAGGUACAGAAAACAGUGGCUCACAUGUCAACGAUGCUAUGAACCUACCAGAUGCGUUAGGUCGUGUCUUGGUUAAUAUCAAUCACCCACCCAAUGAAAAAGACAUUUUCCUGGCUCCACAGCUUGCACAGGCUGUUAAACCUCACCAGAUUGGAGGGAUCCGCUUCCUGUAUGAUAACCUUGUCGAGUCACUGGAGAGAUUCUCCGGCAGCAGUGGGUUUGGCUGUAUCCUAGCACACAGUAUGGGUCUGGGAAAAACCCUGCAGGUCAUCUCCUUCCUGGAUGUGCUUUUCCAGCACACACCGGCCAAGACUGUGCUAGCAAUUGUACCGGUGAACACCUUACAGAACUGGCUGGCCGAAUUUAAUAUGUGGCUUCCUCCAACUGAAUCCCUGCCUCCUGAUCAUAACUCUCAGCUGAUCCAGGGAAGAGCAUUCAAAGUCCAUUGUAUGAGUGACGAACACAAGACAACGGCAGCUCGAGCCAAGGUUGUUAAUGAGUGGUCAACAGAGGGUGGUGUUCUGCUAAUGGGAUAUGAGAUGUACAGGCUUCUUUCCCUCAAGAAGUCCUUCACUACUGGGAGGAAGAAAAGGAGUAAAAAGGCAGCAGGGCCUGUGAUUAUAGAUCUGGAUGAAGAGGAUCGGCAGCAGGAGAUGCUAAAAGGGAUAGAGAAAGCACUGUCACGACCUGGCCCAGAUGUGGUGAUCUGCGAUGAAGGUCAUCGUAUAAAAAAUUGCCAUGCGAGCACAUCGCAGGCUCUGAAAAACAUUCGGUCUCGGCGGAGGGUGGUGUUGACAGGUUACCCCCUGCAGAACAAUCUUAUUGAGUACUGGUGCAUGGUUGAUUUUGUGCGACCAGACUUUUUGGGUACCCGUCAGGAAUUCAGCAACAUGUUUGAGAGGCCCAUACUAAAUGGACAGUGUACAGACAGCACCCCUCAAGACAAACGACUUAUGAGAUACCGCAGCCAUGUGUUGCAUAGUCUUCUAGAAGGCUUUGUACAAAGACGUGGACACACAGUGUUGAAGGCCCAGCUCCCAUCCAAAGAGGAGCAUGUCAUACUGGUGCGUCUGUCUUCCAUCCAGCGGGCCCUAUACACAGAAUUCAUGAACCGUUUUCGUGAUGCAGGGAACAGUGGCUGGCUAGGCCUCAACCCACUUAAAGCUUUCUGUGUUUGCUGCAAGAUAUGGAAUCAUCCUGACGUACUUUACGAAGCACUCCAAAAAGAGAACUUGGCAAAUGAGCAAGAUCUGGAUGUAGACGACCUUGGCACAAACACCCGCUGCCAGCCUCAGAAUGCUAAGGUCAAGAUGGAGCCUGGAACACUAGGGGCAUUCAUGGGAGAGUCCAACAGCAAGCUGCUGCAGGGGAUGAGCCUGAAUCCCACCCAGGAAAAAGCCAAUCAAGUAGUCACCUAUGAGUGGGCUAAAGAAAUUCUAUAUGAUUAUCAGCCGGGUCAGCUGCAGAACUCGCCCAAGAUGGUUCUGUUAUUCUACUUGAUUGAAGAGAGUAUGAAAAUGGGUGAUAAAAUUCUUGUUUUCAGCCAGAGCCUGUCCACAUUGUCCAUCAUUGAGGAAUUUCUAGCUAAACGACCAAUGCCAGCCCGUCAAGAGACUGAUGAUCAAGAGAAUCAAACUUGGGUUAGAAAUAUCAACUAUUAUCGAUUGGAUGGAAGCACCUCUGCCACGGAAAGGGAGCGAUUAAUAAAUCAGUUUAAUGACCCUAAUAACAAAAAUAUUUGGCUCUUUCUGCUGUCCACGCGUGCUGGAUGCCUUGGUGUGAACCUGAUUGGAGCCAACAGAGUGGUGGUGUUCGAUGCCUCCUGGAACCCAUGUCAUGAUGCCCAGGCUGUGUGCCGAGUGUAUAGGUAUGGCCAGAGGAAGCCUUGUCAUAUCUACCGGCUAGUGUCUGACUUCACCUUGGAGAAGAAGAUUUAUGAUCGUCAAAUUACCAAGCAAGGAAUGUCUGAUCGUGUGGUUGAUGACCUGAACCCCGAGGUGAACUUUACCCGCCGAGAGGUGGAGAACCUACUGCAUUUUGUGGAAGAGGAACCAGAUGCUUCCCGUCAGAAUUUGGACACUUCCAAAAACCAUGAGACCGUCCUGCAUCAAGCCUGCCUUCUGUACCCAAACCUCAUCACCAAGGAGCCUUUCCAGCACGAGUCUCUCCUUUUGGAUCGCAAAGAGCAAAAAUUAACCGCGUCAGAGAAGAAGGCAGCAAAGCGCGGGUAUGAAGAGGAGAAGAGGGCUUCUGUACCCUAUUCACGACCUUCUUAUACUCAGUACUACCCUGCACCUGAUCACAGCCUGGGGAACAUACCUGCUUUUAGUCAGAGGAACUGGCGUCCACUGAUGAAGGGCGAUGACCGGCCUGUUGCAAGCGUUCGUCCUUUGCAAUCUACUCCUAUUCCCAUGAUGCCACGGCAUGUUCCUAUGAGCCAUGGGUCUGCAUCUAACUCAGUUCACCCAUUCAACUUCCCUGUUAAUUACUUGCAGAGAGCUGGAGUCCUGGUUCAGAAGGUUGUAACCACCACAGACAUUGUCAUCCCAGGAAUGACCACUUCCACAGAUGUGCAGGCGCGUAUCAGUGCAGGAGAAAGUAUCCAUGUUAUCCGUGGUACUAAAGGAACUUACAUCCGUACUAGUGAUGGGCGGAUAUUUGCCAUUCGAGCAAGCGGCAAACAGAAGAGUGGGGAAGGAAGACGUGCAGCCACCUCUGGUGCUCAAGGCUCAUCUGGUCCGUUUCUGAGCAAUGGCCGCCAUGCCACUUCCAGUCCGUCUCCACAACAGACAGAAGAUCCUGCGAGACCUCUUUCUCCUGAUAGUCCUGAGAUCCUGAGUGAGCUACAGCAGUAUGCAGAGGCAGCUGUUGCUCGAGGGUCACACACCACUCCCCAGAAUGCAAAUCCAAACAGUCAUCCGCAAGUGCUGCACCAGGCUGUCAAAACACAGCCCAAAAAGCGCAAAGAGCCACCUGAUCAUUCAAGUCGCUGGCAUCCUAAUAAGAGGCACCCUUUUUCUCAAUUGGGUUAUCCUGGUGCAGGAGGCUUUGGUAUGUCAUCCUCUUCAGUGAACCAUGGUCUGUCCCGGAGUGCAAACUCUGUAUACAUGGGAGCUAGUGGUUCAUCACAUUUCCAGCUGCCUUCGUUGCUUUCAGAUCCUCAAUUAAGCCUCCCACUUGUUCCAGAUACUUUAUUAACUCCAUCUUCGGGAGCUUCAUCUGCCCCAAACAACGCUUCACCAUAUCUGCUGCCCCCUGGUUUCCCCCUUCCUUUCACGCAGCCAUUGAUGCCCCAAACCCGGAUGUUUGCCCCAUUCCCAUCUCCACUGCUUAACCGAGGACUCCCCACUAAUAACCCAGCCUCAAAUUUUCCUGGCUACCUCUCUUCUCAAUCUGGCUACCAGGGUGUUACAUCUGGUAGUGCCUCCCGGACCCUUCCACAAGAGGAGGCAGAGGUAGGUUCCAGUGAAGAGGAUGGGAGAGAUGACGAUGUUGUGGAGAUAACAGGGAAGUGAAUAAGCAACCAUGAACAAAACCAUGGGCUUGAGAGGUGGGGCAAAUACUGUGAUUACUUCCACCCCUCUAGCCUCUGUGUUUCAUCUACACUGUGGGCGUUCAAUCUAGACGCUUGUGUGUGGGGCAAAAGCUGUGGACAAGAGAUCUCAUCUACCUGAAAAAUGGGGAAGGGCCACCGUGCACAGGAUCUAGUAGCCACAUGUCAUUCCAAGAGGAGAGAGCAGUGAAAUUUAGUUACCGGCAUCAUCGUAAUCCCUACUAAUUUGCCGCUUCUGCAAAGUUUUGGCACCUCCAUACUGUACCCAGAAGGCAUUUCUAAACUUUCAAAUUCACCAUUCUCUCCUUCCUCCACGUUUUUACGAUAAAAUAAAUGUUGGAUUUCAUCGGUUGUGUUGUAGACAGUCUAGGAGUCUUACUGUCUCCCACCUUGCCAAGAAGGCCUUUUCACUUUCAGAAAUCCCCAUUUCCCAUUUUGUAGUAAGAUCAGGUUUGUAGGUAUUUCCAGAGAUAAAAUAAUACUAGCCUUACUGCUAUGAUGUCAGUUCUUUUACACAAAUCAAGUGUUUAUGUUUUACAUUAAAGAAGGCUGAACUUUUGGCCUUAGGCUCUGAAAUGCAGGAGAUAAAAUGUUAAAGGGGAGUAUCUGUUCACAAUACUGACCCCUUUCUUUCUGUCCUUCUUUCUUUUUCUUUCGUUCCUUCUUUUCCCAUUAUGCUGAUGUGCACUGAAUUGUGUCCUCAAAAAUGUUAAAUUGAAAUGUCUUUUGUCCGAAAAUAUCUACAUUCAUGAGUGGAAAGAAACAAUAUUGUUACUUUUCACUCUACAAGGAAAAUCCAAUUCCUUGAAUUCAGGUUAUUCUUCUGGCAUUCAGAAGUUUCCAAGAUUGUGUGCAAAGGGUCCCCUUGGGAACAAUACGAAGCCCACUCAUUCCGUUUCCCUUGCUCAGCAGUGAAAAGGGCUUUGAGAUUAGUUUUAUAGCAUUGUAUAGUAUCCUGGCCAGUCAUAAAUUAAACAAUAUUCCCCUAUCAAUUUUUUUUAAAUAUUAAACACAUUUUAAGACUUUAUUUUUUUUUUAUUUUUUUUUUUUAAAUACUGCACAAGAAAAAAAAAAAAACAAGGUUCCAUGAUAUGUUUACCCAGUAACCUCUAGAGGGGAUUGAUUCACCUGCCAUUCAAUCUAAUGCAUGUGACAUAAUCUUUGGGUGUGAAAUGCAUUGUCACUGGUAUAACAUUAAAAAGAAAAAUGACUUAUUUUCAGUAUGAGCUUAUCCAGAAAACCUUUAUGUAUGUGUUCUAUCCCAAUAAUGUUUAAAGCCUCCAAGCCUUUGAGGGCUGUAAGCAGGCCUUGAUUUCCAUACUUUGGCAACAGUCCAUCAAUCUGAACACUAGAAACUGAUCAACUCUUCUAUGGCUUAAGCAGUAAUAUCCAGAAAUCCUGGCCUGGCUGCAUACCUUGAGGCCAGGGAUGUUAUGCUUGUUUUUAUCCUGUCCACAAUGACACUUUUACAGUCUGAUAAAAGCAAGAGGAAAUUACUGUGUAUCAAAUUCUGUUGUACUAAAGGUUGGUUGACUUAAGUUGCAACAACCACUUAAUAAAGAAUAGCCAACAUGCCUGGGGUUUUAAAAAUACAUCAUGUAGAUCAGGAUCAAGCUGCCUAUGUUAUGCUGCCAUCUGUGAACUAAAACUACCAUACUGAUUAGUCACCCUGCCCAGGAGCUUAGCGUUAUGGGUGUUGUAGUUCAGCUGAUGAGGCCAAGACUGUCUUGCUGUUUAGAUCCUACUGCUUUGCAUAACCAGGUUGUGUAUUUUAAGGGGCUCUGCAAAAUGCCAUAUUGCCGUUUUACAAUGGAUCAUCCCUUGAAAUAAAAUGUGAAAAAAAUUAUAGUAACAUCUAAUCUGCAAUAUGCAUUUUUCUCAGGAGUUCUUAUUUGAAGAGGUGGCCUGAUAAUCCCCAAAUAAUGUUCUAGGUGUGUACACAGAAAUCCAACACCAGAACAUCUAAAUGUUUGCAGGUUGUUUUUUUUUCUGUUUUUAAAUUAAUUUUAUAUUUUCUUUGGUGUCUGUAAAAACGCAUCAAUAAGAACUUUGGCUGCUAAAUCAAAAAGAAAAAAUAAUUGACAAAUGGAAAAUUAUGAAGUGUAGUAGUACUUAUUAGUAUUACUGUGUGAUACGCAACACUGAAUGAUUAAACUUGUCAGGAGAUGGGGAGAACCUACAAAGUGAAAUGCAGAAUAUUGUCUGUUGUCCGCAAUGAUAGGUCCAUGGUUUUGUGAUUUGUGCAAAUUUUAGUUGGUCAAUUGAGCCCUAAAUUCAGUACAAAGCAAACAAUAAAACCACAUACACUAUACUCAGUGUGAUGAUUUUCUCCUCCACCCCUCCCCCUUCCCAUUAUGAACAUGUACUUUGCAUAAAGGGAUGCUGUUAUUAACUCUUUGCCGAAUGUUACUAAUUUUUCACCAUUACUGUACUGCAACUUUAGGGAUUUAUACAAAGAUGACAUUUUGGCUGUGAAAGGCUGCGAUGGCAAUGUACAGAGAUACUCAGGAUUAUAAUACGAUGAGAAAUGGAAAAUUACUUUUCAAAUGAUCACCGAUUCCUGCACCAACUUCUUUUUAGUGUUAUAGCCCUUUAGAUACCAAACUUCUCUCUGGGUUGUGAUAAGAGACAUCUAGCACAAACCUGACCCAGAUUCAUGUGUCAUUAGGAGACUGCAUGAGUUAUGCUACCAGUCAAAGACUAUUUUGGAGCAGUUAUUAGUUGUGCGGCCUGUCACCUGUUUGUUUAUAGGUAGUCUAUUUAUUUCUAUUUUCUUGUGUCCCAUGUCAUUUUUUUAAAAAAAAACAUAUAUAUAUGGGGGGGGAAAAAUAAAAAAAAUAAACACAAGUUACUCGAGGAUGUCAUGUUCGUAAGGCUGAAUGACUGCCUGACUUUUUUUUGUUUUUUGUUUUCUUUUUGUAAAAUAAAUG